GCAACUGUAGCCAGCAUGAGGUGGUGUUUACUGUUGCUAGGUAACGCGCAUAGGUAGCUUAACACCAGUGAAAGGCUUUCUGCUGAUUAUCCAACCCUUUUCUCUUAACAUGGCAGAUAAAGAUAAACUGGAUUUGGUCCAUCGGGACGCGAUUCACGCUGAGCGGGUCCGGAAAGAGCAAAGACACCAGAAGCUCCACACGGAGUUCAGCAUCAACCCCCACAGGAAAUUGCAUGUCCUGCCAGACAAACCCAUGUGUAGGAGAACGACAGAAGUGAUUCCAGAGGACGAGGAUUUCAUCAAGGCUUUCCGCAAGGCCCACGAAGUUCCUACCAAGAAGUACUCUAUGCCACUCACUGAGAGUCAGGAGAUAGGAUGGAUGUCAACUCCACUGGUCCCGGAGUCCCGCCAAGACACCAGACUCAAUUUCUUCCGAUUUAUGACAGACGUCACCAAACACCAUGAAUUGGGCCAGAAAAUUAAACUACACACAGACACACACACACAAAAGAGAGAGAAUAGAGACUGAAUGCCUACUGAAAUGUAUUUGUUCAUCAAACAAUCAUGCGGGUGUCAGCACAGAAGCUGACCCUUCUUAGAGAAACACUUGCAGGGGAAACAUUUGCACAGGUCUGUACAAAACAAACACGGCCAUCACAUACUAAUCAUACUAAUGAAAGGAAAAGGGCAAAACUGACAGCUGCUCAAUAUUAUAAAAUGUCAUGUAACAUGGGAGAGAAUCAAUGAGUCAAAAAGCUGAGUGAGAAAAGUAAAACAACACACAAACCUCAGGAGAACAGUGUGUCAUUGAGAAGGUGGAGAUACUGAGGUGUAA